AGGAAUAUAAAGAGAUAUUUAGAAGGCACAAGGGAGGCACUACCAGCAAAGAUUGAAUUUGUGAUUACGCUUCAGAUUGAGGAGCCCAAGGUGGGUGCCUUCUUUUGUUUCAGGUGUUGCUAAGUGCCCAGUUUUUUACUGAAACUGCUGCAUGGCCGUCCUGUUCAGGAAACCAGUUUCCAGAUGCGUGUUCUUCUACUUGUUUGCAAGCAAAACACAUGACAUGGGCUGCUCUGUAAAUAGUCUUCAGUAAACAUCGCGAAUUUUAUAUGAAUAUGCACACCAUUUAAACAAAUACGCCCAGUCCUUUUAUUGAAAUUAUCUUAGUUUUGCACUCCCAUUCUGUUUACUCAUCCAAUGUCUUACCGUUCCACUUAGUGCAGAUUGCCCUAACAAGUGCCAUGAUUUUCACAAGCCUAAAUACUACAUGUAAACACACUGGCUUUUAAGAAGGUGACAAUUGACUUGCAAGUAACCAUGCCUCACAGCUACCCCUAUGGAACACUGCAGCUGUUUGCUCGGUCAUCUGACCUUGAUAGACAACAGCAGCUACUUCUCAACAAUGGCCUCACUUCUUAUAUAGGGACUUUCGAUCCAGGUGAGCUCUGUGUGUGUGCAGCAAUUCAGUGGCUCCAGGACAAUGGCGCCUCCUAUUUUCUAAACAGAAAGCUUGAGCAGGAACCAUCUGCCCAAGCAAAGCCAGUCAAGAACACAUUCCUCCGGAUGUGGAUCUACAGCCACCAUAUCUAUCAGCAAGACCUAAGGAAAAAGAUUUUGGAGGUGGGGAAAAGGUUAGAUGUGACUGGAUUUUGCAUGACAGGAAAGCCUGGUAUAAUCUGUGUGGAGGGUUUCAAGGAGCACUGUGAGGAGUUCUGGCACACGAUUCGCUACCCCAGCUGGAAGCACAUUUCCUGUAAGCACACAGAGAGCAUGGAGACCGAAGGGAAUGGCCAGGAUCUGCGCCUUUUCCAUUCUUUUGAAGAAUUACUCCUUGAGGCCCAUGGCGACUACGGAUUAAGGAAUGACUAUCACAUGAAUCUAGGGCAGUUCUUGGAAUUUCUCAAAAAGCACAAAAGUGAACAUGUUUUCCAGAUAUUAUUUGGUAUCGAGAGCAAAAGUUGACUCCUAGGAAGUUACUUAGGUCUGUGCUUGUCAUUUCCCUAAGUCAGUGUUUCUAUUAAUAAGACCAAAUUAAAAAGGCCAGUAGCUAUGUAGCAGCUUCAGUGAGAACCCUAGCUCCAGCAUUUCACAGGCUUUGUAGCUGUGUAACAGUGCAACUGUGAUGUUACCUGUAGUUACCAGUGCAACUGUGAUGUUACCUGUAGGUUACCAGUGCAACUGUGAUGUCACCUGUGUUCCUCUACGUGUCUGGAAGCAAAACAUGUAACACUGCUGUCAUUUG